UCAUUCUCUCGAAGAAGUCACUUGACUAUCCAUAAACGUAUUCAUACAGAAGAGAAACCUCAUCAUUGUGAUAUCUGUGGUGAAUCAUUCUCUCAAAAAAGUCACUUCUCUAUUCACAAAUGUAUUCAUACAGGAGAGAAGCCAUAUCGUUGUAAUAUUUGUGGUGAAUCAUUUUCUGAUAAUAGCACUUUAACUCGACAUAAACAUACACAUACAGGAGAGAAGCCAUAUCAUUGUAAUAUCUGUGGUAAAUCAUUCAUUGAAAGUGGUAACUUGAAUAAACACAAGCGCAUUCAUACAGGGGAGAAGCCACAUCAUUGUAAUAUCUGUGGUAAACCAUUCACUGCAAAAAGUGACUUGACUAGACACAAGUGCAUUCAUAUAAGAGAGAAGCCAUAUCAUUGUGAUAUCUGUGAUAAAUCAUUUUCUCAAAUUAAUGCUUUAACUAGACACAAACGUGUUCAUACAGGUGAGAAGCCAUAUCAUUGUGAUAUCUGUGGUAAAUCAUUUGCUGCAAACGCUAGCUUGACGAUUCACAAGCGUGUUCAUACUGGGGAAAAACCGUAUCACUGUGAUAUCUGUGGUAAAUCAUUUUCUGAUAAUAGCACUUUAACUAAACACAAAACUACACAUACAGGAGAGAAACCAUAUGGUUGUGAUAUCUGUGGUAAAUCAUUCUCUAGAAAUAGUGACUUAACUAGUCACAAAGGUAUACAUACGGGAAAGAUGCCAUAUCAUUGUAAUACUUGUGGGAAAUCAUUUUCUAAAAAUAGCACUUUAACUAGUCACAAACGUAUUCACACAGGAGAGAAACCAUAUGGUUGUGAUAUCUGUGGUAAAUCAUUCUCUAGAAAUAGUGACUUAACUAGUCACAAAGGUAUACAUACGGGAGAGAUGCCAUAUCAUUGUAAUACUUGUGGGAAAUCAUUUUCUAAAAAUAGCACUUUAACUAGUCACAAACGUAUUCACACAGGAGAGAAACCAUAUCAUUGUGAUACCUGUGGUAAAUCAUUCUCUAGAAAUAGUGAAUUGACUAAACAUAAACGUAUUCAUACUGGGGAAAAACCAUAUCACUGUGAUAUCUGUGGUAAAUCAUUUUCUGAAAAUAGCACUUUAACUAGUCACAAAUAUACUCAUGCAGGGAAGAAGCCAUAUCAUUGUGACAUCUGUGGUAAAUCAUUCUCUUGUAGUAGCCACUUGACUAAACACAAACGUAUUCAUACAGGAGAGAAGCCAUAUCAUUGUAAUAUCUGUGGUAAAUCAUUCUCUAGUCAGAGUCCUUUGACUAAUCACAGGCGUAUUCAUACUGGGGAAAAACCAUAUCAGUGUGAUAUCUGUGGUAAUUCAUUUUCUCAAAUUUUCUCUUUAACUAAUCACAAACGUAUUCGACACUUAAGUACACAUGUGAGUAUUCAUACACAAGUGUAA